AUGGCUUUCUUGAUCAAGAGCAUGAUUGGGAACCCCCUGUCAGGAAUGGGUCUUGGUGGUGGAGGUGACAAAGAAGAGGAGGCCACCCCCUCAGAUCCAGCCAAGGCAGCAGGGAUGACACGCGAGGAGUAUGAAGAGUACCAAAAACAGUUGGUGGAGGAGAAGAUGGAGAGAGAUGCAGAUUUCUUACACAAGAAGGCAGAGAGAGCAACACUCAGGGUGUGCCUCAGAGAAAAAUACAGGCUGCCAAAGAGCGAGCAGGAUGAGAACAUGAUCGAGAUGGCCGGGGACGACGUGGACGUGCCCGAGGAGCUGCUUAAGAUGGUGGAUGAGGACGCCACGGAGGAGGAAGGCAAGGACUCCAUCAUGGGCCAGUUUCAAAACUUGCAGAACAUGGACAUGGACCAGCUGAAGGAGAAGGCCUCGGCCACCGUCACCGAGCUGAAGAGCAAAGCGGAGGAGAAGUGCUCCGUCAUGUAA